GCCGUAGUCGGCAGGUCCUUUUGCAUGUUUGUGUGAGCAGAAGUAAAGCAGACGAGACGGAGUCGCAUGAUGAUCCUGACGUCCCACGCGCUGUUCCUCAGAAAGUGGGUUUUCCAGGAAGGCACGCGGCUGUUCAGGAGGAAAACGCAGGGCAGCAUGGUGUUGACCGCAAGGUCGAGGCUACCAUCAUUUGCAAAUAUAGAACGAGAGCCUGUGAUAACCAGCAGCGUCGGAUACUUCUCCACUAGCUGUGUUAAUUGUGCAAAGUCCAGAGAACUCAAAACCAAAAGGGACAUUUCAGAAAAGAAGCUGACUCGCUACUUUGUGGAUCAUCGCAGAGUGAGUUUGACAGGGGGAAAGGGAGGCAAAGGAGCAAGCACUUUCCACAGUGAGCCUCGCAAAGAGUUUGGAGGGCCAGAUGGUGGAAAUGGAGGAGAUGGGGGGGCCAUCAUCAUAAAAGUUGACCAACAAAUCAAGUCUCUGUCGCUGGUUGCGCCACUAUAUCGCGGUAUGGACGGAGAAUCUGGGGGAAGCAAAAACUGCUAUGGACGAAAUGCGGACCAUACCUACAUUAGAGUGCCUUUAGGUACCAUAGCGAAGGAGGAUGGGGCAGUGGUGGCAGACCUCUCCAAACAUGGCCAGGAGUAUGUGGCUGCAUUUGGUGGAACAGGUGGUAAAGGUAACCGGUUCUUUCUGUCCAAUGAGAACCGGGCACCGAUGAAAGCCACUCCAGGGGAGCACGGGCAAGAGCGGGUAUUGCACCUGGAGCUCCGAACCAUGGCACACGCUGGGAUGGUUGGAUUUCCCAAUGCUGGAAAGUCAUCACUUUUGCGAGCAAUCUCAAACGCUAAACCAGCCGUAGCUGCUUAUCCAUUCACUACACUCAAUCCACACGUUGGAAUCGUUCAGUAUCAGGACCACGAGCAAGUGGCAGUUGCUGACAUUCCUGGGAUCAUCCAAGGAGCGCACAGGAACCGCGGCCUGGGGAUCUCCUUCCUGCGCCACAUUGAGCGCUGCCGGUUCCUGCUGUUUGUUCUGGACCUGUCUGGACCUGACCCGUGGGCCCAGCUGCAGGACCUAAGGUUUGAACUGGAGCAGUAUGAGACCGGGCUGUCCAAGCGGUCGCAGGCCAUCGUAGGGAAUAAGAUUGACCUCCCCGAGGCCCGAGCCAACCUGUCUGCCCUGCAGAGCCGAGUGCCCCAGCGCAUCAUCCCCGUAUCCGCACUCAAUGGGCACAACGUGGAGGAACUCAUACUGCACAUCCGGCAGCUCUACGAUGGGUACCUCCAGACAGAGGAGAGUGCAGGGGGGCAGCCUGUCAGGUGGUAAAGAGUAUUACCUUCACAUUGGCAAAUAAUGGGCGUGGAGGACACAACUAUAUCUGAGGAAUUAUUUGAAUGCUUUGAUAAAUGAUUAAAAUUGUUAAGACUUCCUGUGGUUUUAUGGAUAUUUGGAUAUUUUUAUUUUUAUAUAUAUAUAUAUAUAUAUAUAAUCUAUUUGAAAUAUAUCAUGCCUAUGCAUUAUGUUUUUGGUGAUACUAUUGUUGUUUUUUUUUUCUUUAAUCAUUCUUUCAUAUUUAUUAACACACGUUCUUGUAAAUGACUGAAUGGUGUUUUUCUUUUUCCUGUUUAUUAUGAGAAGUCCUUGACACACUUGAAUAAAAUUGCAUGCAAAUAGAUAGUGUCCAUCGUAAAAGGGUUGUUAUACACCCGUUGACAUUAAAACAUUCACAGUACUUAUUGUGACUUUGUACUGUGGUGUCUGGCCAAAGUAUUUUGCAAACAGAAACAACCAAGUCAGAAUAAGAGAUCAGCUGCAAAUAAUAAAAAAAGGUAAAAAACAGGCCAGCCCUAUACAGAAAUAUAUUUUAUUAUGAGACCAGUUUACAAAAUAGGAAGCUGUGUAAGAUCCAAUGAAUGAAGACAAGCUCCUUUAUGACAUCACCAUGGCAGUAAUCCCAUUGUUCAUAUUUAACCAAUGAGAAUGCAACAUUUGGUUUUGACAGGUGCCCUGCCCCCUUUUUUAAAACCAAUCGGGAUCGACCAGAAGUACUGUUGUAUUUUUUACAGUAAAAUGGAAAAUAAAACAAAGGUAUAGAGUUUGUGUUGUAUUCCUUAUCUCAGAAAAAUAAAAUAAGCAUUCGGGGAGGGUACAACUGUAUUACAAUUUACUUAAAAAUGUAUACAAAUAAAACGAAGUGUUACUGCAAAAUGAUUACAAAAAAAACAAACAAGAUUACAGUGUUAAAAAUGGACAGUAAUGUGAAGCGUUAACAAGUGCAGAGGCUGUAUGUUCAGAACUAUAUUAUCCUGAUACAGAGGCUGGCUAGCGUGUAUGUUAAAAGUAUUUUAAAAUAAGGAACCACCUGUUUAAGAAAUGUAAAUACUUCUUAACCCAACAAAUAAAAAAUAAUAGGCUGCACUGUAUACAUUGUUAAGUUAACAUUUUAAAACAUUUUGCAUUAGGUGUUUUACGCAUCUGGAUGCCCAAGCAAGUGUAAAAACAGCAUCGAUUGUCUCUGACAUGGGGGUGCGGUUUCUUCAGUUUAAAACUUCAAAGAUAAUCUGCCUCAAGCCUUCACUAUUUUAGACUUGUUACAAUGUAUUUACUUGAAAUGAAAAACUUUGUGAAAAGAAGUGAAACAAACCUUGACUAUUAGCGGUUGAAUUUUAGACAAUGUCCAGCUUUGUUAACAUGUAUUUAAAAUUGGAAAAAAAAAAAAAAAAAGUUUUAAAAUAAAAGGCUACAAACCUA